UUUUUUUUGUUUUUCUCCUCUUUCUUUUUCUUAAUCAUAUCAUUAUUUUUUUCUUCCCAUGCCUCAAAAGAAAAGACAAGCCAUCCGUAGAUCUGAACCUAAAUUAUUUCGCUGCACAGGGUUUGGAAUAUGUGACAUGGUGUUCACUCGUAGUGAACAUUUGGCAAGACAUGCUCGCAAACAUACAGGAGAGAAACCCUUUCAAUGUGCUGUAUCGGACUGUAACCGAAUGUUUAGUAGAUUCGAUAACAUGAUGCAACAUACUCAAACCCACAGCCGUACGAAAAAGAAGGACUCAAAUGACGAUACUCUAUCAGCUAAAGAGGAUUCACCCAUGCCAGUUCCACAACCAAAGAUGUAUAAUCCCAAUACAAGGAUGUUACCUCCUCAUAUGUAUUACCAACCGAUGAGUCCACCCUCACCCACCACAAGCGAACAAUACCAUACGCAGUUACAAAGACCAUGGCCUGUGUACCACUCACCCCAAUUUCAUCAGUCUGACAUGAUGCUACGCCACCCUAAUUCACCUCCAGUCUUACAUAGUGUAGACACUUGGUAUCCAAAUAGCCCUGUUGAGAGCAAUACACACAAGAGACGGUUAUCCCAUGUAGAUUUAUCUACGCCCAUUCAAGAAUUGGGUACAAGAGCGGAUAGUUCGGAUGACGAUGAAGAUGACGAAAGACAAAUGUCACCAAUUUCCUUAGACGAUUGUUCUAAAACCCGAUUUAGAUACGCCGGCGUUGAUAUUACCGUAGAUGAAUAUGAAGCAUUACAAGGCUUUGGUAAAUUCUGUGCUGAACCUGUUGUGAAUGAGACCAUCAGACUACCUCCUCUCAAUUCAAUCUAUACAGGCCCACAUGCUUUCCGUCAACAUAUAACAACGGUUCAAGAAUCUUUUCAAAGAGGCGCUCAUUGAUUCAUUUCCCCACCAAUGAAAGCCUCUUAAAAACUUUUUUUUUUUUUUUACUACUAGUAUUUGACAGCUUGUUACUGCGCAACAAAACAACAAAAAAGAAGGCAUUUUCCUCUCACUCCAACAUCAUUUAUAUAUAAUAAUAAUAAUUUCAAUUCAUUCAAAAACUGUUUAAUAUUUCCUCCCACUUCUUUUAUGUCAUAAUAAAAUACAAACCCCAGUUUCAUUUUU